ACCGUGUCUACAAAACCGAAAGCGAAAUUAAGAUUUCUGGGAAAAGAGGUUUAGGACUAGCUCCAAGAAAAAUGAACGCUGGUUGUGCAACAUGUCAGGAAAAUAUCGCUCUGUGGUAACACAACUGAUUUUCAAUGAUUGGUAACGAAGCAAUAGAAGACAAAGGACACGGAGAUGGUAGUAGUGAAACACAUCCUAACAAGCAAGAAGAGUCGGAGCCUUAUCGUCCACAAACCGACCCUGUCUCUCCUCCUCCUAGUGGGCAGCAGUGGUGUUAUUGUGGCAGUGUUCCGCCACCCACCCACCCCUAUGGUAUCGUGUGUGUGCAGUAUCAUAUCACUCCCACAAUAGACAGUCAAACACGGUCUGAUCAUCCUGCUCAUGGUGGACAUCGAGCAUCAACGGAAGACACAGGGCAUCAAGGAACUGGUAGGGUCGAAAUGCAACACGCCUUACAACCAAUGCAGCCUAACCCUCCAGUGCCACAACCAUGGGGUGGCUAUCCUCACAGUGGGUAUCUGCCAGUGCCACCGUUAUGUCACUGUGGCAAUCUACCACCACACCAUCACCCUGGUGGUAUGGUAUAUUUGCCAUAUCCCAACAUACGUCUUGCAGACAAUCGGUCAGCGCCUGACCACCCUACUCACGGUGGACAACAUGCAGUAUCAACAGAAGGCAAGGGAUAUCACGGAGCUGGUAAAGUCGAAAUGCAGCACACCGGGCAACAGAUGCAGCCUAACCCUCCAGUGCCACAGUCAGAGUAUGGCUAUCCUCACUGCGGAUAUCUGCCAGUGCCACCGUUCUGUUACUGUGGCAAUAUACCACCACAUCAUCAUCCAAAUGGUAUGGUAUAUAUGUCAUAUCCCAACAGGCCUCCUGCGGAUUGUCAGUCAAGAACAGAGUACCCUACUCCUGAUGCACAACUCCCAUCAAUAGAAGACAACGGGCACCAUAGAGCUGGUAGAAGCCAAAUGCAAUUCGCCACACAACAAAUGUUGCCUAUUCCUCCAGUGCCACAACCAUGGAGUGAAAGUCCUCACAGUGAGUAUCUGCCAGUGCCAUCGCUCUGUUACUGUGGCAACCUACCACCACACCAUCAUCCAAAUGGUAGCGUGUAUGUGCCAUAUCCCAACAGUCCUCCCGCAGGCAGUCAGUCAAGAUCUCACCACCCUAAUCAUGGCGGACAAAAUCCAGCAUCCAUGGAAGACAAAGGACAUCAAGGAACUGGUAAAGUCGAAAUGCAUCACGCCUUGCAACAAAUGCAGCCUAACCCUCCAGAGCCACAUCCAUGGAAUGGCUACCCUCACUGUGGGCAUCUGCCAUUGCCGUUAUGUUACUGUUGCAAUAUACCACCACAUCAUCACCCUGGUGGUAUGGUAUAUUUGCCAUAUCCCAACAUACGUCCUGCAGACAAUCGCUCAACGCCUGACCACCCUGAAGCCUAA